UCUGCGGGGCGGGGCAUUGGGUCGUACAGGAAAAAAGAAAGAACGCGAGGACAUCUGAGACGAAAACGAUGGCUGCAAUUCGUAAGAAGCUUGUAAUCGUUGGUGAUGGAGCAUGUGGAAAAACGUGUUUACUCAUCGUUUUCAGUAAAGACCAGUUUCCUGAGGUCUAUGUACCCACAGUGUUCGAGAACUAUGUUGCUGAUAUUGAGGUGGAUGGCAAACAGGUGGAGCUGGCUCUAUGGGACACAGCUGGACAAGAGGACUAUGACAGACUGAGGCCCCUGUCCUACCCAGACACCGAUGUCAUCCUUAUGUGCUUUUCCAUAGACAGCCCUGACAGUCUGGAGAAUAUCCCUGAAAAAUGGACGCCGGAGGUGAAACAUUUCUGUCCAAAUGUUCCAAUAAUUCUGGUGGGUAAUAAAAAAGAUUUACGGAAUGAUGAUCAUACUCGACGGGAGCUGCUCAAGAUGAAACAGGAACCAGUUAAACCAGAGGAAGGGCGAGACAUGGCUAAUCGAAUCAAUGCGUUUGGCUAUCUGGAGUGUUCUGCUAAAACUAAGGAGGGUGUGAGAGAAGUGUUCGAAAUGGCCACAAGAGCGGCGCUCCAAGCCAAGAAACGUGGCAAGAAGAAUGCCUGUGCUUUGCUAUAGAGUACUGGGAGGAAGAGGAAAAGAAAGAGGGAGGGAAAGGGGUAACCAAACUAGGCCAAGGAAAAUGAAAGCUCUAUAAAGGGCGCAAAUAGAGGGAAGAAAUGCCCCCAGUGUUAAUUACGUACUCGGGGUGUCAGGGAGGGUCAUUUUCAAUCCAGGCCAAAGGAAACAACAGAAGAUAGUAGGGACAACUGUACUGGCAAAAAGGGACUUUGACAUUUUUAUGGCCAAUAUGUUUAACAUCAGUCCUCUUUCAAAUCAAGACUAGUUGACCUUAAGCCUUCAGACUGAUCAUAAGCUAAGGAUAUUGUGUUAGUAGGGUAAAGAUUGACGUGGUUUCACAGUAGCUCACAAUCACUGAUUGCUUUUGGGGUGGGGUUGUUUGUGAUGUACUCUUUGGCCCAUACCAUAUCUUCAGGUUAGAAGCGCAACAUAGUUAGCAAGAACACAAAGAACACAUUCAGGGUGUAUAAGGCAUUAGUUAGUGCUCCACAUUGUGUAUACUACAUGUCAAGCAGGGGGUUGUUUUUUGGCCACAUGAUGUAAUACUCCCAUGAUCCCCUUUAUAAACCUCCCAGGGAACAUGUGCCGUCUUAUGUAAAUCAUUUAUGCCUGUACUUUGUAAUACAAUUUUCUGUUUAACAAUUCUUUUUUUUUUGUUGUUUUUUUUUUUUUCUACUUUAACAUGAUAAUACUGUUGGUUAAUACAACUGGUUCCUUUGUGCCCUCCUGUCCUGUCAAAAUUACACUUAGUCUCUGGUUAAAAAGAGUUGGAAGUAGUUGUAGUCUUACAAUUCCUUUUUCCAAUAAGAAUUCUAUAUAUAUGCAAUUUGCCUAUAAAAUUCAAAGUAAAAUGCAAUGAUGAUACAAAUUCACCUUUUUGUGAUUAUUUUAUGUGCUUGCUGAUGUACUGUAAUGAAAAAAAACAAAAAAAAACAGGGUUAAUCAGCACUAUUGGAGCUCAAAGCAAAACUACAGAUGUGACUUCAGUUCUAUAUGUUGACUUUCAGACACUGUUCAAUUUUGGCAAUAUAUACAAGUUUUCUACUAGGUGACAGUGUUUUGCGUAAACAUCUAAUUUUCACAUAUUUCUCUUACCUGCAUGACAGGUUUUUAUUUGGUGUGCAGAAAUAAAUGUAAUAUUUGUUUAUUUCUCACUGUAUAAAUGAGAAACUCCCUCCAUUUUCACUCCAUUUGUUUUAUUUUUAUUGUUCACCUCCUCUCCUGUACUUCCUUUUAUUUUUAUUUUUUGUGAAAUUCUACUGGCUAUACUACAUAAUUUUUUGCAUAUUUUACAAAUUCUAGUAUCUUAGAAUUUAAAAGUUUUAAAAGAAAUAAAGAAGGAAAACUGUAGCGAAAAUGAUUUUGAGAGAGUUGUUUAAUGCCAUAUUAUUAAAUGCAAGUCAUUUCUUAGGAGAGAUUCUGCAUUUCAUUGUAAGAAAAAAAGAGCCUUUGAUGCAUCAAUUAUCUUUUGUAUACCAGUGCAUCUUUGGAUUUUGACAGACUCAUUUGAAAUGUAUUGAAAAAAUAAAUUCUUAUAGGGUAA